AUGGAAGUUUCUCUAGUUAAUUAAGAAAUGGAACAAAAAGAUGAUAUUUCAAUUGAAAGUGGUUAGCUAAGUUGUGAGUAAUUGGAUGCAGCUAAGGACAUCAAUCACAUGAUUUAGAAUAAGUAACCUGCUUUAGACGAUAAAGAAGCAGAAGAUGAAGAACCUAAAAGCUUUGUUUUUGAAGAAAUAAAUACAGAUAGAGUGCAGCAAAUUCUACAAGAAAAAUAAAAUGAAAAGCCUAAAAAGCAAUCAUCAGGAGAGAAAGAUUCUAUGCAUUAAAAUGGAAAUGAAGAUCAACCUCUUAGAUAAUUAUAAAGUGAUAUGAGAACAGAUGACUCUAAACCUUUGAGAGAAAGUGCUAAUACAUAGGUAGAUUUUGCUAAAAUGAGUAAUUGUUCUACUACAUGGGAAUCUAAUACUAAAGAUGAAACUUCAAUUACAUAAAAUUAAUCGAUUUCAAACACUAGCGGAAGCGGAUGGGGAGGAUAAUCUUAAAAUGAGUUAGUUCCUAAGUCAGAUUCUUCCUCUAAUAUAUGGGGAGGCAGUUAAAACUCUAUGGGAGCUUAAACAGAAAGUAAAUCAUCUUCUUCAGGAUGGGGUUCUAGUAAUAAAGAUAAAGUUAAUAAUGAAUCCGUUCAAUCUUCUAGUACAGGAGGAUGGGGAGCACAAAGCAAUGAUAAUACAUCAAGCUAAAAUAAUGAAGGAAAUGGAGGUGGAUGGGGAUCAUCUACCAAUAACAAUCCAUCAUCAUCAACAGCAGUAUGGGGAAGUUCUACUUCUGGAAAUGAAGAUAAUUCCAAUAAAAAUAACUCAGAAGGUGGAUGGGGUAACUAAUCUACUGAUAGCGGAGGAUGGGGUUCUUCAAAUGGCAAUGGAAGUAAUAAUAAUAAUAAUAAUAAUAACUCAGGCGGAGGUAGAUUUAAUAGAAAUAAUAACAAUAACAAUGGAAAUAAUGGAGGUGGAAGAAGAUUCGAUAGAAAUAACAAUAAUGGAGAAUCUGGAAAUGAUAACAAUGGAGGAUAAAGGAGAUUCAACAACAACAAUAAUAAUAGGAACUUUAACAAAGAAGGAGGAGAGAAUAAAAAUGGAAAUAACGGAGGAGGCUGGAAUAAGAAUAACAACAACAGAAAUGGCGGAGAACGCAAUAAUAAUGGUGGAGGGUUUUAAAACCAAAAUAGAAAUAAUUCAUUCAAAAAGACCAAUUCAAACGAAGGUUAAAGUAACAACUCUGGUGGUUGGAAUAGCUAAUCUAAUGAUAACUCUUAAUCUACAGGAGGAAGUGGCUGGGGAGCUUCCUCAAACGAUGCUAAUUAAAAUAAUACAACCACUUCUUCUAGUGGAUGGGGAUCUUCUACAAAUGAAAAUAAAAACAGUUCUGAAGCUUCUUCAGGUUGGGGUUCUUCGAAUACUAAUACAACAGCAAAUACAAACUAAACCAGUGAAUCUAGUGGAGGAUGGGGAUCUUAAUAAACUGAAAAUAAAUAAGAAUCUCAAUCAAGUAGUGGAGGUUGGGGAAACACUUCUGAUUAAACUCAAGGAGGAGGAGAUUCCUGGGGUUCAACAUCUACAAAUAAUAACAAUAAUAGCAAUACUAAUAAUAACAACAGAUUUAGAAAUAAUGGGAACAACAACUAGAAUAACAAUAAUAAUAGAUAGGGAGGAAAUAGAGCAUGGGGCUAAAAUAAAGAUUAGUAAGGAGGAAAGCAAGGAAACGGAAGUUGGGGAAACUCAAAACAAAAUAACGAAUAAUAAGCUAAUAAGAGUGAUUCUUAAGAUGGGUGGGGUAAUAAUAGUUCUAAUAAUGAAAAUUCUACAACAUCAGGAGGAUGGGGGAAUUAAGAAUCCUCAAAAAUAGAAAAUUCAACUUAGUCUGGAACUGGUGGAUGGGGCUCAUCUUUCUCUAAUAAUAACAACAGCUCUAGUGAAAAUAAUGGAGGAGGCAACAAUGGUAAAAAAUGGGGAGCAUCUGACAAUUAGAAUUAGGGUGAGAAUAAAAGAUAAGGCUCAUGGGGAAAUGGAAAUAAUAGAAACAACUCAAAUUAAAAUUAAGGAGGAGAGAGAUAAAAUUUUAGGGGAAAUAAUAAUAGAAAUAAUAAUAAUAAUAAUUCUUCUUUUGUAAAUAACAAUAAAUAAAAAAGUAACUCUGGGGAAGGUGGUUGGAAUAACUCUUCAGACAAUGCACCUUCAGUUUAAAGUGGAGGAGGUGGAUGGGGAUCUACUACUGAAGAUAACACUACAGUAUAAGGAGGUUGUGGGGGUGGAUGGGGUUCAUCUUAAGUAAAAGAAGCAGCAAGUACUUAAGCAACAACAACAUCAAGCUGGGGAGGUAAUAAUUAAGAUUCUUUAAAUAAUGAUAGCAAAUUACUCACUAAAAGACCCUCGAAAGACCCUAGACUGUAAGAAAAAAAAUAAACUCAAGUACUUAGUAUUAAUGAUAUGUCAGAAACAGAAGUUUAGGAGAGAAUAUUUGGUACUAAAAGAGUUAAAAAAAAUGAAGAAGGUGAAGAUUCCAUUCUUUAAGCUAAGUCUAAAAUUCCAUAAUUCAUAGAUUUAGAAAAAGAGGAAGAAGGAUGCUUUGCUAGAUUUUCUCCUUUGAUUGUUGAUAGGGAUACUGACAAGGAGUAUAAUCCUACAGGUAUACCUCUCGAUGAGUAGAUUUACGAAGGAUCAAUAAAUUAACUAAUUUCAAAUAAAGACACUAUAGAUCAAGAGGAUGGAGAUGAUGAUGAUCUAGAAAUGGCUAUAAUUAUUAAUCCAUAAAAAUUGUUGGAAAGUCAACUUAAAAAGUAUUAAACAUACUCCGGAUUUUUCUAAGUAUAUAAGAAAUAUCUUGUCCCUGAAAAGUAGUCAAUUCUUUGCGAACCCUGUGAAAACACAGCUUACAAUCUAUUUCAUGAUAGACUAGUAUACGUAAUACCUGAUGAGCCCAAGCGCUAUAACAUUCUAUGCUAGUUUAAUACAUUCAUGCCAUAUGAGUAAUAUAGACAUUUACCAUUGAUAUCAACACGUAACAGAACUUCUUAAUAGGAGCUUGGAUUUUUAGACUAUGAAACUGCUAUUGAAUCUAUCAAAAAUAUUUAAAUACAAGAAACUAAAGAGAGAAGAACUAUUUUCCCUUGCUGGGUUGAGUCUUCAUUACCAAACUAGCAUGUUGAGCUCAACAAGCUCGCUAAAUAUUUGCUUGAUAAAAAUAUGGUAGCAGGUUAUAACUACACCAACCAUGCUACAAUCAAUCUGAUGCAUGUGAAAUAAAUUUUUCCUGAUUUAGAAUAUGUCGAAUUACCUGAAUAGUCUGAAAACUAGAAAACAUCUCUUAUUUGCCUUAACACUCUUGAAGCAAGUAUUUACGACUCUUUUUGCCAAAAAAUACCUGCCUAUGAAUGA